AUGGAGGGAAGACUAGAAGGCAAAAUUGACAUUCUUGCCUCAAGACCCUUUCUAAGUGAUGAGUCAACCAGUUUUCUUAAACAGGAUUCGAUGAAAUCCAUUCUUGAAAAAAAUGAGGAGGCACUGUCUCAAGCAGUAAAGUGUCGAGAUGCAGCCCUGAAAGAAAGCCAGAAGUUAAAAGGGGACCUGGAGGCUUUGGAGGACAAGGAAAACAAGAAGGUGGGAAACUUUCAGCAACAGUUAGCAGAGGCUAAAGAAGACAACUGCAAAGUCACAAUAAUGUUGGAAAAUGUGCUGGCUUCUCACAAUAAGAUGCAAGAAGCUCUGGAGAAAGUGCAGAUAGAGCUUGGGCGAAGGGAUUCAGAGAUUGCAGGCCUCAAGAAAGAAAGGUCUCUAAAUCAGCAAAGAGUGCAGAAGCUUGAGGCCGAAGUGGACCAGUGGCAGGCCAGAAUGCUUAUUGUGCAGGCACAGCACAGCAGUGAGAUGGAGCCACUACAGAAAUCUCUAGAUAUAACUAGAGAAGACAACAGGAAACUGGCCAUGAACCUAGAGCAAGCUCUCCAGACAAAUGGUCAUCUUCAGUCUAAGCUAGACCAUGUCCAAGAAAAACUGAAAAGCAGAGAACUUGAGCGACAGAAUUUGGAAACCUUCAAAGAACGGAUGGCUGAGGAAUCCAAAGUAGAAGCAGAAUUGCAUGCUGGCCGCAUAGAAGCUCUAAGAAAGCAAUUUCAAACUGAGAGAGAAACUUUGAAGAAAGCAGCACAGCGGGAAGUCUCUGAGCAAAUAGAAACAGAAUUGAGGCAAAUGGAGAUGAUUAAGGAUCAGUAUCAGAAAAAGAACUAUGAACAGUCAUUGAAUAUCCAGAGAUUUGUAUCAGAAAUGAAUACCCUGCAGAAAGAGAUGCAGCUCUUAGCCCAGAGCCAAUAUGAAACCUCUGCACAGAAUAAACAGCAAGAGUUGCAACUAAUAACAGAGCGGAAAGUUAGGCAGGAACUAGAAAACCGGUGCCAGGAAUUGGAAGAAACUAUCAGACACCUGAAGAAAUGUAAAGAAGCAACUGAAAAUAAGCUAAAAGAAGCCAGUAUGGAAUCAGAACAGAUAACAGCUAAUCUGGAAGAAGCUCACCGCUGGUUUAAGUGCAGGUUCAAUGGCCUACAGCUUGAGCUGAUGAAAAACCACCGGCUGCAGAAGCUUCCCCAGGAAGACAGGUGACCAGAAGAGGAUCAAGAUAUAAGACACAAUGCUGUAUCCAGCCAGUCUAUUCUGCAUCGAUGGGAGAUCAAACAGAAUCUUGGGCUUAUGCCCAAAAAGUAUCAUUCUGAGACAGAAAGGAAGAAAUGUCCCUGACAAGGAGCUUCUUCAUGUGGAGCUGCACCACCCUGAUUCUGCUGGCCAGCAUGUAGGACUGGCCUGUCUCUGCAUCCUAAGAACAUGAUGUGGGCUGAAGAUUUGGACUUCAUCCUUUGUGAACUCUUUUAUAUUACUGCAGAACCCACCCAUCCUCUUUGUCCAUUCCCUAUUU